GCUUCCCGCGAUUGUGCAAGCAGGCAUUAUUUAUCUCGUCACUCUCCACCUUUUGGCCCAAGGCUGGUCAUCACACGAUCGAGCGCAUUUCUCGACUCGACCCCAAGCAGCUUGGCAAGGUGCUGUGCGGCCUGGCGAUACGGAGCAGAGUCUCUCGUCCUUCCUCUUCCUCGAAUCCAAAAAUCGAAGCUCUAGCUCGCUCUUCGUCCAGAAGGCGAUCUCAAAAUCUCUCUCGCGUGCGCGCGCAACAUCUCAAGCCAUAGCCAUCACCCUUAUAACACCGCCAAACUGUCGGACAAUCAGGACGCCGCGCAGGCGGCCCGCAAGUCGCCGGAUCUGCAUCGGCCCAUCAUGCAGUCCAUGCCAGACACGCGGCAGCAGAGCUUUGACGAGAUCUACGGUCCGCCAGAGAACUUUCUCGAGAUUGAGGUACGGAAUCCUCGAACCCACGGCAUGGGACGGUCCAUGUACACCGACUACGAGAUCCUCUGCCGCACCAACAUCCCCGCCUUCAAGCUGCGCCAGAGCAGCGUGCGCAGGCGGUACUCCGACUUUGAAUACUUCCGCGACAUCCUCGAGCGCGAGAGCGCCCGCGUGACAAUCCCGCCGCUGCCCGGCAAGGUCUUCACCAACCGCUUCAGCGACGAUGUCAUUGAGAACCGACGAGCCGGCCUGGAAAAGUUCCUCAAGAUUGUCGUGGGGCAUCCGCUGCUGCAGACCGGUAGCAAGGUGCUGGCCGCGUUUGUUCAGGACCCCAACUGGGAUCGCAACGCAUGGUGAUAAAACUGCUGUUGCUUAGUAGUUGUGGAACUCCUGUUAGAGAAUAGCAGUGAGGCUGCUACUCAUAACUCCUGACGAUGAGCGGAAUCCACAAGAGUCUCUAUUACGUAUAUCCACCAUCUCAAGCGAAUGACAGAUUUGGUUGGUAUGGCACAUCUAAGAAGUCAGCAAGCAUGUGGAAUGGAUUUACGUUACUAUACUAUGUCCUUUUCAGUGUGAGCUUGCUUUUUUUGCCGUCCACCAUAACAUCUAUCGUGUCUUUCUCUUUUUCUUAACCUGCUGUUUCUCAUUCUGUCUUUGCGAUUUUACUCUCCUUAUCAAAACCUUUGAUGCAUAUCACCUUGACCCGAGCUUGCUGGAUAUAGCCAGCACAUGAUUUGCAUCACGAGAAAUGAUACAAACGACACGGCGUAUUCAGGCCAGCAGCGUUCAGUGUACAUAAUAAUAAAUACCUAAAAUAUGAAACCGUUCCU